CUCACGCAAUCAUAGCACACUGCCUUUCUCAGCCAGACAAGAAUCAAUUCUUAUCUGUGUUUGAUAUAUCCCCAGUUCAGUGCAAGUCCUCUAUUUCAACGUCAUUUGGGCUUCCGGAACAGUUGUUUCCCUUUCCAAAGCCGGAUCAAAUGGUGACAAUGGCCCGAUCAGUUCAAAUCUGGUACCCCUUCCUCUAUGCCCAAUUAUCUACAUUCAGACGCGGACAGGAUGCGAAUAGCCGUGGCCCUGGUCGCGCUGAAAUUCAAACCCCCCGACCAAUCGUGUGCCUCCUAUGUCCUACAUCUACAGUCGAUCUUCCCACCCUCUGAGCCUGCCGCACCCACGUCGGACGGGUCGUGGCGGAAUCAUGCACUCGCGCUGGAGAAGGAGCUCGCGCGUGUGAAGGCCGAGUUGGACGUCGAGAGAAUCAAAACGGUUGCGCCACCGCCGCAGGCGCCACCCGUUGCCGACGCCACCCAUUCCGCCGCUCCAACGAGCCAACCGAAACGCAAGCCCAAAAAGAAGGCUGGUAGCGAUACCAAAAUCGAGCCCCCGACACGCGUCGAUCUGCAGGCUGUUCUCGAAAGCCAUCCUGACAUCGUCGCCCUCCCCCACUCCUCGACACUCUUCUCUGCACUCUCUGCGUUUGAGCGGGUGAUCAUUGCCGUGAACGCGUCCGACAACGCGCUCGACCCAACGGCGGAGCAGCGCGCACUUGUGUGCUCGAUCUCUCUUCGUGCAAUCUCUUCUCUAGCUGCUGUGCUCCACCCUCUGCUGCGAUCACCCGUGUUACCAUCUGCAGCGAUACUACAGACGCUGAGCACUCUCACGCACCACCUCGUCUCGCACGCGUUUCCUGUCCUGUGCCGGCACAAGCCCAGGAAGACAGGCCGGCCCGCACCCGCCUCAUCCCACACCCACGAACUCAUCGAUGCUCUCAUCUUAUCCAUCUUCCAUCCGGCCAUCGAAUCUCUCAUCCCGCUCUGUCGAUGCUAUCUCAAAUCGCUGUUCUCCAGCAAAUCCACAUCGGCUAAGCAACCGCUGCCUCUUCCAGCAGCGGAUCCGCGCCCCGAUCUGCUGCAUCUGUUCCAGUCCGCGUUCUCGCCGCUGUCACCGCUCGCGCCCGGCGAGUCCCGCGAUCUCCGCGCUGCGCUCGCCCUGAAGAGCGUGUGCGAGCUGGAAAAGCUGUUUCCUGACGGCCUGUCCGCGAACCCAGGGACCUGGACGUCGCACGACGCGCGGGUAGAUUCGCUCGCGCGGCGGGACGCGCUGUGGUAUCUGUGCGCGGUGUUGCAUGUUCUCUUCGCUCCCAAAUCCGAGCCAGGUUCAGUGCCAGCCCCAGGAGCCGGUGCUUCUUCCUCUUCUUCUUCCUGCGCGUCUUCCUCUACCCACUCGGCCGCGCGGGCCGCGUUCGAUGGGGCUGGAGAAGACCGGAUUGCUGACGGGCUGUCCCGGGUGCUUGCCCGAUGUCGCGCUGGAGGGACAGCGACGUCUGCGUGUAAUAGUGCCCCCGCCGCCCAACAGGGAGUCAACUCGGACCGCGCGGCCGACGAUGGGCUGCCAGGUGUCGCUGACCGCGAAGUCGUCGUUGACGAAGUGGGGUAUGAGAUGCUUCUUGGGGUCGCUGAACGAUAUUGGUUGUGGAUUUCCUAG